AUGCCUCUCACCUUCAAGAAUCGGAGGAAAAAAGGACCGCCUCUACUUCCUGCUGCAUCGCUCGAGGGCUUGGAGAAGUUUGUCCAUCCGCAUCAGCAAUGGCCGGCCGAUCAGAACGAUUCUUGGAAGAACAAACCGCUGCCAGAACUGCCUAGGAGGGCAUCCAGCGAAUACAGCCGGUCCGUGAGGAAUUCUGAUUAUAAUUUCGGCUACGGGGUAUAUGGCUAUCUUUCGAGUGGCUUACCCUCGCCUCGAGGUCACAAUUCUCCCCAUCGAUCUUAUCGAGAUUCGCAUCACGAAAGUCGUGCCCGUCGUCAAACGCCCACGGCUAAUCUAAGGGAAAAAUAUCGACGAACCAGUGGCCACCAUGGGCGCUGGGUAAUUCGUCAAAGCUCAUCUCCGGCGCUGUCCCACGAUCACCCAUGGGCCGAAGGGGGCUCGCCUCCUCAAGCAGAAUGGUCCUCGCCUCCCGUGCCGAACGCCUCUGUGCACGGUGACACAGUGAUUUUUGAGCAUGCAAACGCGAGUCUCCCUGAGAUCCCUACGCUUGUACCACCGCCGUCGCCGAAAACCGUUGAUUCCAUUGACGCUUCGCUUAUUCCUCGGCCUCUUGGAGUCGACCAAAUUCAAGAUGAAGAUGGUAGUGAGGCCGGAAAGGCCAAGGAAAUACCGUCUAUUCUUUUGGUGGAAAACUCCGACCCGGACAUUUGCCUUUGCCAUUCUCCGCAUCCUCGGCAUGAUAGAGUGAUGUCUGUAUCUCGUCUUGCGAAUGUUGCGCGAAUUGACUUGGCACAACAAAUAACGUCCCCAUCGCAGGAGUCCCUGGCUAUUGUUUCCCCCUGCGAGGCCGAGAAGCUUGAGGCAACGGUUCCCUAUAGUCCCAUAGAUGAAAAGGGGAUUGAAACAGUCAAGCAAGUGGAAGAAGCAGAAGAAAUCCACAACGAAGAUGAAGGCAACGACGAGAUCGGAAAAUCAACAGAAAACGACAAUUCUAAUUGCACCAAACUUUACUCAAUUUCCACUACCGCGAGCACUCGCAAGCUCAUCGUUGAAGAUGAAGAACCACAGGAUUCUGGUAUCUCGGAUAUGGAACCUCCCAGAGCACCGUAUCCAUCUCCACGGCCGUCGCGGUCAUCCUCCCUCCCGCCUCCAAAUUUACACCCGAGGCAUCCACGACGGCAAAAGCAGAUAGCUAUUCCACCAACAGAUUACCAAAAAUACGGCCCGCAGGCGUGGACGAAAGAUAAAGCAAAGUCCAAGCCCAACUCUAAGCUGAAGCCCAAGCCUAAGCCUAAAGAAAAGGGCAAAGAGACAAACAAGAGCCAGGACCCAGGAGAUGAAAAAGGGAAAGAAAAAGAGAAGAAUGAACAAAAGCGCGGUAUCAGCUGCAUUCCACGCUACUUUCGAAAACUUCUUCCCAAGGCAUUCUCCUCUGAAUCCGCUCCGUGUCCGCCAUCGCCAUUACCUCCUCCACCUCCUCCACGACCACGACCCGAAAGCCCUGCCUUUCAUCGCACGUUCACUGCACCCUCAGCCCCCUCGUUUCAACGCCAACAUGCAGAUUCAUACCCCCAUCGCACCCAAACCUAUCCCCUCCAAGCCCCAUAG